CGCCGCCUCCUCCUCGCCUUCUUCUUCCCCACUUGGUCCCCUUCGGCUCUGCUUUCCUUCUCCCAGCCCAGACUGGGAAGCCAGCCACCCACCCAGAAGGAAAGAGAGGGACGGAAUGGGGUGUCCUGUGUGGAAGCAGAAGCUUCUUUGGCUCUGAAUUGCACCGAAGAAGCCAUCUGUGGUGCUGGUUGCAUCCCGAAAGCUCAAGGCUCUCUUGGUUGACACUCAGCAAAGGAGAAUGAUGCCAUACGCUAUCGUCUUGUUGUGGAUGCAACUGCAUCAGGGUCUGUUGCUCACUCCUGGGGACACCAAUGUUUGCAGCUACUGGGAAAGUUUCACAGCACCCUCCAAGGAGUCCUAUGUGCAGCCCUUUGCCCAGGUUUCCACAGAACCUUGUGAGCGGACCUGGCCUUUCUCUGAGAAGAUCUGCACCCGACACAAAGUCCUCUACAAGACUGCUUACCGUCAAAGUGUGAAGAUGGACUACCGGAGACGCUAUCGCUGCUGCCAGGGAUACUAUGAGAGCAACGACCUCUGUGUCCCCCGAUGUGCCCAGGAGUGUGUCCACGGGAGGUGUGUAGCGCCAGAUCAAUGCCAGUGCGAGCAGGGAUGGAGAGGCACGGACUGCUCCAGUGAAUGCAGCAACCUCUUAUGGGGCCCCCACUGUGAGAACGCCUGUCCGUGUCUGAACGGGGGCAGCUGUGACCCUUUGACUGGGGCCUGUGCCUGCCCGCCAGGCUACAAGGGCUCCUCCUGCCAAGAGCCCUGUGCCCAGGGCACCUAUGGCCUCGGCUGCCUCCUUGCUUGCCGCUGCGAAAACGGAUCCAGCUGUGAUGGAGCCACAGGGGCCUGCCUCUGCUCUCAGGGAUACACUGGACCCCACUGCGAGCUCCCCUGCCUCAACAGCACCACCGGACUCCAGUGCCCAGCGCACUGUCCCUGUCAGAAUGGAGGUAUCUGCCACCCCGAAGACAGUCACAACUGCGCCUGCCCUCCUGGGUGGAUGGGUCCCAUCUGCUCCAUCCCCUGCCCUGCAGGGUAUUUUGGCUCCAGCUGCCAAGGGGAGUGCCAGUGCCACAACAGUGGCCAGUGUGACCGUGGCUCUGGGCAGUGCCAGUGUGCCCCUGGCUACAUGGGAGACCAGUGCCGGGAGCAGUGCCCCAUUGGCAGGUACGGGCAGGACUGCCAGCACACCUGUGACUGUGUGAACGGCGGGCGCUGCUUCCACAUCAACGGGGCCUGCCUGUGUGAAGCAGGCUUCUUUGGAAACCGUUGCCAGGAGCGCACGUGCUCAGACGGCUUCUAUGGCUUGGGAUGCCACUUGCCCUGCCUCUGCCACCCUGAGCACACACACAGUUGCCACCCGCUGUCGGGCGAAUGUGCCUGCAAGCCAGGCUGGGCUGGACUCCACUGCAACGAGACCUGCCCGCCGGGCUACUACGGCCUGGGGUGCCAGGAGCCCUGCUUGUGCCUCAACGGGGGAGCCUGCCACAGCGAGACGGGGCUCUGCCAAUGCCCAGCAGGCUUCAUGGACAAGCAUUGUGCCAGUCGCUGCCUGACCGACUCGUAUGGCUUGAACUGCUCCCAACACUGCGCCUGCCAGAAUGCCUUGGCCUGCUCCCCCGUGGACGGGACCUGUGUCUGCAAGGAAGGUUGGCAAGGAGCAGACUGUGCCCUCCCCUGCCCCACGGGAACCUGGGGCACCGGCUGCAACGAGACCUGCCAGUGCGCCAAUGGAGCCACAUGCAACGCUGUCAGUGGCAGGUGCACAUGUGCCCCAGGCUGGCAUGGCAGCAAGUGCCAAGAUCCAUGCCCAAAUGGCUUCUUUGGCCUGGGCUGCAGCAGCAAGUGCACCUGCCAGAAUGCAGGUGGCUGUGACCCCCUCGCCGGACAGUGCCAGUGCCUCCCUGGAUGGACAGGGCUCCGUUGCAGCAAGCCUUGCGGAGAGGGCCUGUGGGGUCCGCAUUGCAACCAGCUGUGUUCUUGCAAGAACGGUGCCUCUUGCUCUCCCAAAGACGGGAGCUGUGACUGCACCCCGGGCUUCCGAGGGCCCACCUGCCAGCGCCCCUGCCAACCCGGGCGUUAUGGCAAGAAGUGUUCGGUGCCCUGUAAGUGCGUCAACCACUCCAUCUGCCACCCUGUCGAUGGGUCCUGCGAUUGUCCUCCCGGGUGGGCGGGCAGCGAUUGCUCAAAGCGCUGUCCUCCUGGGUUCUUUGGGGCCAACUGCAGCCAGCAAUGCCAGUGCGAGAACAAGGCCCCAUGCCACCCAGAAGUGGGGAGAUGCCUGUGCCCUUCAGGCUAUACUGGGACCCUCUGUGAGACCAGGAUCCCGGGACCCCCGCUCACCAUGGUGCCAGCCACACCGGUGAGCUCCCCCUCCCUGGGAGCCAUUGCCGGCAUCAUCAUCCUGGCGAUCCUCCUGGUAGCCUUGCUGGCCCUGUUUCUCUGUUAUCGGCACCGGCAGAAGAAAGACAAGGAGAACCGGCACAUCUCUGUGGCUUACACCACGGGGAGGACAGACAGUUCGGAAUACGCUGUUCCAGAUGUACCUCCCAGUUACACUCACCACUACUACUCGAACCCCAGUUAUCACACCUUGUCGCCCUGCUCUCCAGGCCCUCCCAUUCGUAGCCUUCCAGAUCAGUCUGGGGGCAAGUUGGUCAGCAGCCAGCUUUUCUCCCCGGUGAAGAGCCUGGAACAGGAAUGGCCUGGGAUGUAUGGGGCAGAAGGGAAUGCCACCCUCCCGGCAGAUUGGAAGCACCUCCGGGGGUCCCUGCCGCCCACCCUUGGCCCCGGCCCUUGGCAGGGAGGAGGCCAGAUGGACCGCAGCUACAGCUACACCAAUGGACUGGGAAAACCUCCCAGCAAAGGCUAUACGGCUGAGGAGGCCCUGUGUCGAAGUGACAGCUCCUUGGGUAGUGAAAACCCCUAUGCCACCAUCAAGGACCUGCCUGUCCUGACCGGCCGGCCCUCGGAGAGCAGUUACAUGGAGAUGAAGUCCCCGGCCAAGCGGGAGCGGUCCUAUGCGGAGAUCAGCAUCUCGGAAGAGCCUGCACAGCUUUUGGAGGAGGACGAGGAGGAAGGAGGAGGAGCGGAAGGAGCCAUCUCACCAGGACCUGGUGUCCUUCCGCCAAACCACUACGACUCCCCAAAGAACAGCCACAUCCCCAGCCACUACGACGUGCCCCCCACCCGGCACUACCCACCCUCGCCGCCACUCCUCCGGAGGCAAGACAGAUGAGGACCACUUCACCCUCAUCCAGGCCUCCACUCCUCUUGCUUUUGCCACAAACUGGGAGCCCUCGCCUGCCCAGUCUUGUUGCGGACACUCGGCCAAGAUGCCUCUCGGACACUGCAUCCCUUCAUGAUUUCUGCGUACCGGGAAGGUGGGCACGAUCCCACAUGCAGCCUUUGGGUCCAGGGAGUUACUUUGGAUCAUUGGCAUACUGACUGGCAGCUCCUCCCAUAGCCAACAUAACUCCAACAACUAUCAUGUCAGACGACGACACAGAGAAGCCACUGAAAUCCACAAGCAUGUGGACAACUUCAACAGAAAGGAGGGAACCAUGAAGAUGAACAAUAUCUGGUUACCAGUAUUAAAAAAAACUCAAAAAUCAGAACAGUAAAUAAGAAGCAACACUCUGAGGACAGAGGAGCCCCAAGGACGGCUAAUGACUCUGAACAAAGGAUGCCCCCCAGGCAAGAGACAAACCUUUCCAAUGCUAAUUAAGGUGAUUAACUGAAACAUUAACACUGGCUUCCAACUGACAAAGGACUCUUGUCACACCCUGGACUCUCCACAGAUAUAUAUUCUUUCCUUUCCUUACUUAGUUUAUCCAUGUCUCACAACCUCUGAGGAUGCCUGCCAUAGAUGUGGGCGAAACGUCAGGAGAGAAUACUUCUGGAACACAGCCCGAAAGACAUACAACAACCCUGUGAUCCCGGCCAUGAAAGCCUUCGACAACAAAACAUAACUCCCUUCAUGAGCUUCAUGGUGACGAUAUACAGCAGUGAUUCCCAAAGUGGGCGCUACCGCCCCCUGGUGGGAGCUGCAGCGAUCCAGGGGGGUGGUGAUGGCAUCUAUUAGGACACGGAGGCGGGCCCAGGGGAGGGGCGGGGCCUCUUCCCAAGUGCCGGAGACAGGGCUGAGCACCUGUGGUGCCUGUUAGGACUCAGGGGGCGGAGCUAGAGGAGUGGGCGUGGCUUCUUCCCAAGAGCCUGAGUCAGGGAUGAGCCUCUAUACCUCUCCUGAGGCGCUUGUUGGGACACAGAGGGCGGAGCUAGGGAAGGGGGCGGGGCCUCCUUCCAAGAGCCUGAGACAGGGCUGAGCAUCUAUACCUCUCCUGAGGCGCUUGUUGGAACACAGAGGGCGGAGCUAGGGGCGGGGCCUCCUUCCGAGAGCCAGAGACAGGGUUGAGCCUCUAUACCUCUCCCGAGAGGCCUUUUAGGACUAAAGGGCGGAGCUAGGGGUGGGGGCGGGGCCUCCUUCCAAGAGCCUGAGACAGGGCUGAGCCUCUAUACUUCUCCUGAGAGGCCUUUUAGGACUAAAGGGCGGGGCUAGGGGCGGGGCCUCUUCCCAAGAGCAUGAACAGGGCUGAGCCUCUAUACCUCUCCUGAGGCGCUUGUUAGAACAUGGGGGCGGGGUAUAGAGGCCCCACCCCCUCCUCUAGCCCCACCCCCUGUGUUCUGGCAGGCGUCACAGGACAGAGAUAGAAGCUCAGCCCUAUCUCAGAGCUCGUAACUCCGCCCAUCCCAGCCCUGGCUGCCCAUUUGUCGCCCCGCCCACCUCCCUCUCCCCCUCCCAGCCCUGCAUCUUGGACUAGGGGAGAGGCUCAGCCCCGCCCUCUUGAGCAGGAGCCACGCCCACCCCUCUAAGCCACGCCUCCCUUUCCAGAGGGCGAUGAGUCAUAUUUUUUCUGGAAAGGGGGCUGCAGGACAAAUAAGUUUGGGAACCACUGAUAUAUACGAUGCCCGGAUGGAUGGAUUCUCCAUGACAACUCUCUUCCUGACGGAGAAAACCCAGCAGCGUGUUUUCAUCGAAUGCAAGAAGAAGCCUCAAGUCAAGUGGAGUCAUUCAGGAGUCAGGAAAGAGCCUUCAACUAGCUUUUAUUUUCUUCAUGCGCUUUGGACCUGAAAACUUCAGGCACCCCUUGGGCUCCUGUUUGCCAUCUGUCAGCAUUGAGUCGAUUUGUGAUGUGGCGCAGAAGCCUUUGCUGUUUGCCUCCCCAAGUGGUUCUUUUGCAGCCGCAAUGCUACAACCCAGGCUGUCACUCUGGCUCUUGUACAUUCGGUCAUGGAGCAAAACGUCAUGGAAAUUGUCCUGGGAGGGCCGGCCUGCCUUCUUUCCUUCCUAAUUCAUUUUUUCUCAGAACUGUCAAGCAAUGCAUGCAAUGCUGGAAAAAUGUUUUAUAUAAAACACCCUUUGCCAAGA